CUUCGACUGCGCAUAGCCAUCCCAAUGGAGCGCAGUGCCAACACCCCUACUUUCGUUUUAGAACCCAUCGACGCUCCUCCUUCCUCUCCUACUUCCAGCAAAAUGCAGAGUGAGGACUUUGCUCAAUUCACUAGCUUCGUGGACGCGUGUCUGCGUGCCAUUGAAGACGCCCGUGAAGACCGCUUGAUCCACGAUCCAUUCGCUGAGCCACUGACGCGCGAGGUCGCGCCGCAGUUGACGCCGCGCCUUAAAAAGUGGCAAGAGAAGCAGCCCUACCCAGAAAACUACAUCGCCGUGCGUGGUCGAUACUUGGACGACGCCAUCGCGCAGAGAAAUCCCAAUAUCCGUCAGGUGGUCUUUCUUGGUGCCGGUCUCGAUACGCGCGUGUUCCGUCUGGAAUCCUUGCACGGGUGCCACGUACUCGAGCUCGAUCAGAGCGCCGAGCUGUUUGAACACAAGCGAGCAAUACUCAAGGACCUGGGCCCCAAGCUUCUUGUGGAUCGUCACGAUUACGUCGUCGCGGACCUCAACGCCUUCAACUGGGAAGAGGGUCUGCUAUCGAGCGGCUUCAAUCCGGAUCUCCCGACGUUCUGGGUGUUAGAAGGGAUCAUGGUGUACCUAAACCAGGCCAGCAAUCUCGCGCUGCUAAAGACCAUCGAUGUUCUGUCGGCUCCGGGAAGUGAAGUAUGGGGCGACAUGGCUGGCCGUGGAUUGCUGGUGGACGACGGCCUAUCUCUAUUCAAGGACGUGAACGAUCUAUAUCGGAAGGAGCUGGGUGAACAGCUAUUCAAACACGCAGAGGAUGAUGUUUACGAGGGCGUGUUUAGCGAACUUCCCUGGGAAAUGGAGGUGCAAGCAGCACUAGUGGAACCAGGAACGCACUUCGGACGCGAGUGGGCCCCCGCGUUUACCAGGUCGGAAAUGCUGCCGGUGACGUUUAACUUUGUGCUAGCCAAGAAACCACUGGCAGAUCUGCCGUAGCCAGCUAAUUAUCUAAAUGCGAAAGAAGCAUAUUAAUGUAUUACUAAAAGAAC